GAGUAUUGUAACAUUUUUCAAUCACCGAUAAUGUUACAUAAAAACUUUUGGUUCAUCGUUGGAAGAAGAUUGCCAAGUUGAUCUGCAUGUUCCUCGAAGCCGAUCGUUUCUCUUAUGCUAACUGACCCGUGAACAGAGAUGGGCGAAAAUUCGCUGGCAAAAUUUUUGGCGAGAUUCGCGGUGUUCUCUCGCGUUGGCCAUCCGCGAUAUUCUGAAUUAUGGUGACGGUCCGUCGCCAUAAAUCUCGGUCCAUUUUUCAUCCGUGAGAUCUCCGCGUUAACGCCUCCUAUCCGAUGAAUCGAACUGUUUUCAAUUUUUCUCUCCAAGUCCUUGACAUUAUUUAUGCAGUGCCGUAAACGCAGUGCACACUUUUUUCAUUGAAUUGAAUUAGAAUCAGUAUUCUAUACGUUUGAAAGAAUAAUACUUUAGAAGGAUUGCAACGGGAAUAUUCUGUAAUCCGAUGCAAAUGGUUUUAAUGUCGUUCACAGUUUGACGAUUCGGUUUAUAUGGAACACUUGUUGAUCUUUCCAUUCCUUGCGACGUUUCUUUUAUAUUUCUUUCUACUUGUUUUCCAUAUCGCGUCUCUCUUUGUCUGGAUUUCAUACCGGGAAACAGAGAAAUGUGUCGCUAUAACGAUGUUGAAAGGUAUAAUGAUCUCUUGCUUUUAUAAGGCACGUGUUUCUAUUAGUAACCAAGGUGCUUUUAAAAAAGCUUUCAAAUCGUCGAGUUUCGAGUGCACUUUCGCGAGUAGUUUUAACGGAACCAUACAAGUAUUUCCGGUCUUAAGUCCAUCGUACAUCCCGAAACAAAUUUGCAUUCCCGCGAAACUUCCUCGUAACAAGAAGUUCCGUUGUUUCACUCGGGAUUUAUCGACUUAUUACCGCGACUCGACUUGCCUCGUAAAUCCUACUUUGUAAUUAGAAAAAUUAAUUUCACGUUGAAUGAAUUUCAUAUAGAGUUUCAUCGCGGCUUUUUAAGGAUAAAAGCUCGGAAUCUUUACAUUUAUUCCUUGAAUUAUUAUCGCGAGACGGAAAACGAUUACCGGUUUGCGUGAUUCAAUAGGCAAAGAAAUUUUGCAAUAAAGUCCUUGGAAUUUUUCAUGGGUGACAAAAAAGGAAGUUCUAAUAAUAUUCACGGCUGGCAGUUUGCCAGGAGAAUUGUUUUUUAAAAGUUUCCACGUCCGAACUGGGGUUGGAUUAGUAAUAGAUUAGGAUUUCUUUAGAGAGGAGAAGGUGAAAAUCGAGGCGUAGUGCGUUCGCGAAGUUUUUGGCACUGCUCCGUGGCCACGAGACGUCGCGAGGCUGAAACAUAGCCUUCCUGUAUCGCUUCUUAGCCUAACAUCGGUCUCGCGCGAGCUUAAUUGUAUCUGAGCACGAAAAGGAAAGAAAUGUUAAAGCAAAGGCGAGAAACCACCUCGACGUCCAAAAACUCGCCAAUUCAUUUGUGGCCAAAAGUCAUCGCGUUUCCGUGAGCUUCGUCGUUGGCCAGCGGAGUGACGGUGGAGCGGACGAUCGACGUGAACGGGCUCUGGUCAGCGUCGCGACGCCUCGUCCACGUUCAGUGCUAGGCUGUCGGCGCGUGGCGAAGCUCACCCUCGCUCUUUGCAACUCGUUCCUCGAGGGCACGUGGAAUCUAGCAUUUGUAUCGAUCGAUCUUCCGCUCGAUCCGCGAGUGAUCGAGCCGGACUAGGUCUCCAGGGUCGAGGAUAACCCGUUGCGUUGGCUUGACCUUGACGUUGGGCGACACACAACAUCAACCGUGAAUAUUUCAACGGAACAUUGUAUCGAUCUGAGGUGCAAACGGAACACGUGUCUCGCGAUUCGAUCUCGUCUGCCCGUUGGCUCGGUUUUGCCCUUUUUUCGCAUCCGGCAGCCACGCAGCGCUCGAAUCAUCAUCAGGUAGCAUCUGUGUCAAAUCGUUGUGAGAUCAAUUGUUGUUGAGAGGUGUUCGUGGCAAGCAACAACGAACUGUACCGUUACGUUUUGUUCUCUCUCUCUGUGUGUUUUGUGUGCGUUGUUCCCUUGUCCGUGUCUGUGAAUUACUAUUAUGUGUGUGGGGUUAUUGUGGCGGGAUAAAGUUGACGGUGUCUACCCUGGCUACGUGUUAUUUACCCGUUCUUCCAUUUCCUACCGUUUGCGGACAGAGCCACGCAUUCUUUCUCCCUCGUGAAAUCCUCAACAUGUCUGGUUUUAUUCGUGAAUCAUAUGUACAUAUGUGGAUCAAGACGUUGUAUCGACUCGAAAACGCGGUUACGAGAUUGUGGAUCCUUUUUACGCUUCGCUGUAUUUUUUCUGUAGUCGUAGACCAGUCUCAUGACUAAUACAAAGUGUCUGUUGGUGUGCAGCAGUGCUGUCCAGGAUAUUUGUUUGAUUUUCGAACGGCUGCAGAAGUAUUAAUUCUGGAGAUACCUUUAGAGAGUACAGUGGACAGCACUGCUCUAUGGUGUAAACUCCACACCAGGCCUGCACAGCAAGUAGCGUGUCAGGGAAGUUGCCCUUUGGUUUCUGACACCACUAUUCGCAAGUUCUCAACUUCUGUCGACCAGAAAUACUAAAUUUGUCAGUUUUACUUCAUCUUCAAAGUUGAAUUUCCGCCAUCUGACUGCUGCACAGUAAAAAUGAGAUGCCCCUCGAGGCAACUUGAUGAGCAGGCCUCUUCCACGCCAUAACCGUUCGUUGUGCUUGAUGUUCGCUUUCCAUGUGCCGGAGUUUGUGCAUGAUAUCUGGUACCAUUCGCCGGCGAACGAACGAAAGCAAAAUGGCCCUUCGGUUCGGUCGAUCAAACGCGUGAACGGAGAAACGCGACGGUUUUUCUUUCUUCUUUUUUAAGCGAAGCGUCCGGUACGCGAUUUUGAAAUGGUGGUAACGAUUGUAGGAAGGCACGAUUCGCUUAGCCCCGGGUAAAAUCUGACCGACAGGCCAAGUGUCGUAACUCGAAACGUCAAACGAUUGCCAGCUUCAACUUCAUCGGUGGAAAUUCGAGGGAAAAAGGACACUAUUCCUGACCGGCGUUCAUUAAUUCUUGUUUACGUUGAAUAUCGGCUGAACUAGUUCACGAUUCUUGAAUUUCCGUCGGCCGAUAUUGCAUCGCGUUGACGCUUGGCUACGAUACAGCCAGUCGACGGUGUCAAAAACGUUUGUCUAGAAAUACCCGUGACAAUAAUGCGUCUUUUCGAAGAAGUACACACGCAAUCUUCGUCUAUAACGAAGGAUUACAAAGGACCUCGAACGUCUUCGUUUUUGUGGAAAGUUUGAGAGAGGAAAGGUAUCGGAUUAUCGCGGAUCAAUCUUCCCGAUUGAUUAUCAUCGAUUUUCGAGAAAGGCUUGAAUCGCGUUUUACUGACUGCGCCAUGAAUACUAUCGUGACAAGACAGUCCUUGUGGUUGCGGCAGAUCAAUCGAGAGACUCCCUAGUUAGAGUCAGUGCUGUUGAGUCUAGCAAACAUGCCUCGUGGUGAGAAGGUCAAGUCUCGUGUCUUUAUUUUUACUCUAUUCGUGCAAAUCGUCAAAACUUUUAAUUUACAAAACACAGUUACUUAAGUAUUUAUACUUGUGCAAAUUGCCGGGGUGUUUAACCCAUUAACUACCAAAUUAUUUUUUUUGAAAUUUUUGGCCGGAUAAGUUACAUAUAUGCAUAUUUUUGGCGCCGAGUGGUGAACGUAAAAUUCCAAAAUCUAAUGGAUUAAUGUUAUGCCACACCAGAAGAAUAUAUUUGUGAAGUACAUCUUAUGUUAUUCCUUCCCAGUAUGGAAAGAAUUAAUUCAAGAAUAAUAUACACAAUGCUAUAAAUUGAAUCGGGAAUAUCAACGAAGUGCACGUAUCAGAAGGAUAAAGGAAAAUUCGUGAUGUUCGCGUGACACGCGACUGUCAUUUCCAAGGCGCAAUUAUAAUCCUGAACCUUGAAGUCACCAGCUAAAUCGAGCGCGAUCAAAUCGUCCUCGUGCUCAGCUUUAAUCUUACCAUGUUCAAAUCGUAUUAGUUUGUUCCACGGAACGAUUUCAUUCCGACCGAUCGAAGCCAGUUGCUCGUGAUUAAGACAGGACGAAAAAUAUGAGAUUAUAGGGACGCUCGUUAAAUCGUCUUUCAAAAGUUACUCGAUGAAGAGUACAGCAAACUAUAAACUUCGAGUGGCGACACUUGGCGCGAAUCGUUCCUGGUCUUCCAACGGUACCCUGAUUCUAGCCGCGCGUAGAACGAACCCCUAACAAACGAAUAACUCGCUCGAGUGUGCCAGGAUACAGCAGUACCUCUUUAAAACACUUCUCUCUCCAAUAACCUUAUUUUCCGUCGGGAAACAAGUGAGGAAAGUUCUGAUCGCAAGUGCGGCCGUCGAUUCCACAGACGAAGCUCGACAGCGGUGCAAGACUAACAAGUAUCCCACAGCGAUGUUCUCGUUUCUAUAUCCGCGCCUCCCCCACACAAACCGAGAUACAUAGAUCGUCGAUCGAAAAACAGCCGUGAAACGAACGUACCGAAAACGCGCACAGGCUCAGGAAGUCGAGAUAAAUCGUGAAAAAUCUAGACUGGCUAGGGACGCUUUCGUGGUCGUCGAGCACCGUUAGAACCACCACCACCGCGGUGUUUCUUCCACACGCGGUAAAACAAUUCCAACCAGACAAAUAAAAACCGCGGGGUUGAACGACCCUUAAACGACACACGACACACGUCGAACACGUGGACGGUCCACCUUAGCACACUCACGGUCAGUCAUGAAUCUUAUGUUCCGCAAGAACUUCGGCGAGAAGGGAUUCGGUGGUGGUGGCGGAGGAGGAGGAGGAGGAGGAGGAGGCGGAGGCGGAUUGGAGGGUCGCACGACCCUCGGAAAUACAUACGGGCCGGCUACAUUGGGGUACACGGGGACGCGGUUCGGCGUGGUGCGCGGCGCCGGCCAGUCGGCCGUCGGGACGCGCGCACCCAUCCGACGCAGCAAAGAGUUCGGCUACUUCCCUUCGAUGGCGGAUCACGAGCACCAGGGCUUCGGAUACCGGACUCACUUGUUCCUCACGCCACCGACAGGCGGCGCCCUCGGCUCGCCACCGGAAGAACCAACCGAGAGAUUGGGCCCACCACCGAGGAAGAAUUCCGGUCCUCAUGUGAUCAAAUGGGGCGGGGGUGGUGGUAGCGGGUCUGGACAGGGGUCCAACGCUGGUACCCAAGCGAAACGGAAGCAGGCACAGAGCGUGCUGCAGAAGGAAUCUUCCGAACCACCGACACCGACUGCCUCCAGACAGGUUUCCUUCAGUGGUAACCGGGCAUCCGGCGCGUACACGCCCCUUGUGGUUUCCGGGAACAGUCCACCACGAAGCGAACCGAUCUCCCUGGCCACUUUGGACCGCGACUGUUUCAUCAUCCCCCUCGCAUCUCUCGAACGAUUUCUACCAGCUGGAGUACCGCACGCUCCGAUCGCAGAUAAAAAGAGGCCAGGAAGUCCUCUGUCGGUCCUCGAGGUCGAAGACCCGAAACAAUGCGUUCUCGCACAUUUCAUGACACCUCUGGAACCGCUGGAUCCUCUGGUCGAAUCCCCGGUUUCUCAUCCACUGGUUUUGCAAAGGGACACAGCGGCCGAACUGGUCGCCGAGAUAGCACCUUCCGCCUCGCAGAGUAUUCUCUUAACAAACAUGGAGAAGAAUGCGGACUUCCCGUUCAUCACGUAUUAUCUGAUAAACAAACAGAACACCGAUCCCGUGGAUUUUUACAACGAGGUUCAAUGCGCUGCCCUGAGGAAGUUCGAUCCCCGGGACCUUCGAUACGCGGCCAGUCACACGUUGGAUUUGUUCAACGAGGUGGCGACAAUAGCGAGGCCACCGUUGGAACCACCUGGUGUGAGACCACCGAUUCCGUCCACCGGCUACAUUGUCUCAAUUUUCAAGGUGUUCGAGGGCGACGAUGGCCUCAAGUUCGAGCAGAACUGGCUCUACUGGACCGGUGCCCGCAUGAUAUACCGAUACCUGCCAAAAUCGGUUGGCUUGAGACGCAUCACCCUGCACAAGUCCAUGUCACAAGGCGACAAGAUGUACCUACUGAUCUGCGAGUGCUCGCAGUUGCAAGACAAUCUCUCCGCGGCGGCUAUAUUGUUGCCGGCUUUGCGCGCCCGAUUAUGCGGAUACACCGGUCUCUAUCGACCCUCGGUGUGCUUCUGAUUUCUCAAGAAACGCUGACAACGCGUUACCGAUGGUAGACUACACUUUAGUAGAGCUACUUUGUGAAAUUACAAACGAACAAGAUGCAAUAACGGAAACAUUGUUACAAGAUAAGCUUCGGGGAUGGAACAAUAUCUGCUCGGGGCUCGUUUCGUUCAACUGUAAAUGUAGCUCGCAAUACUGGUAGUUUCGAACGAUACGCUUCUGUCGUCAACAAGAAUUUCUCCAGUUUUAUAAAGUCACUUGUAUUUUUGCAUCGCCAAGAGACAGCGGUUACGAGUUCUACGCUCCUUGUAACGCGUCGCUUACGAUCUUAUCGAGCUCUUACUGCCGACGUUUCUUACGAAUCUAGCAAUUUCACGAAACGAGCCCUUCCCAUCGACGAUUGUUCAAUAAGCUAUCGGAAAGUCGGAUAUCUAUCGUGUUUAGUGAUCUCUGAAUGGAAUCGUAAUGGGGAAACACCUUCGUAUACGCUUUAGGGAUAUCACGAUGAAAAAUCUGUACGCUUCGGGAUGCACACCCGUCUAGUUACGCCUCUCUGGCCUGUUUGUAUUUUUCGACUUUACAUACAUAUUUCAUCCAGCGUUAAGGCAAGCGUAACUGGCUGCUCGAUACAAUCGGGACGACUCUUGCAUGUACAUACCAUUAGGGACACGCGAGACACUUUUAUUACUAUCGACGACUAUCGAUUAAAUCGCUAACUACAUAUCAUAUACUCGAUAAACUGUGAUAUUCGAAUGAUUACCGCAUAUAUCACACAACGAACGCGACGAGAAUAUCGCCAAACAUUCUCGACAAAAUAACUCUUGGAAUACUACUUGACGAAACGAUUUUCAACUCGACACGACAUAGAACCGUCGAUGUCGAUGACACUCCGUAAACGUAAUCCAUCGGGAUCUUUUAUUAAUUGCAUUCACACGUUUGAUAUUACAUAUCUUUGCCUGGAUUUAUCGAUACUCGCGGAUUUUGAUUGCGACACGGGCGGAUAAUGGAUAAACUACAACUUUGAAAUCAAAGCUGAGUAAAUUUGAAAUUUAUACUUUAUUCGCCGGCAAAGAAUCGAACGGUAGAUCUCCCGCCUUUUUUUCUGGGAGGAAUAGGUAGAUGGAUCAGAAGAAACGGGGAAAGCUUAAUCAGAUUUUUCUUAGGUGCCCGUAGAAAUUUUAGAGAGAGGACGAGUAGCAUGAAUUGGCAUUGUAGUACAAAAAAGAAAUAAAAUAAUAAAAAGGAAGAAAACAGAUAUUAAAAACGUAUAGUCAAUAUACGCUUGUUGCAUACAGACAAUAGCUAGAUCGAUUGCGCAGGCGCGAUCGAUAAUUUAGAUUUAUAAGAAACCGACGGCGUAUACUUGUAAAAAUACGUCCCCUUCAUACUCGCUGAAACAAAACGUGGAACAAGAUGCUCUUAAGUAUAAGGCGACGACAAGAAACAAAUAAAACAAAGACUCGCGAUUUUACUGUGAUCCCACGUGUAUCGCGACGAAACGAUACACGUCGUUAAUACGUGUACGAUUGAGUGAACUCGAUACGUGAGGUGUGAUUGAUUUUUCUCUCAUUCGAGUUAAACACCGUUGAAUACCGAUUAUUUACCUGCACAAGUUUGUUUACCAGAAUAAAUUUGCUCCACGCAUGGGAGUACGCCUCUUCAGGGUAUACUUUGCGAUCGUACGAGGAUCGAGUUAUACGAGCGAAUCUAAUCGUGAAUACAGACAUCCAAUUGUUUCAUUGGACAAAAUCGGAUUGUACCAUACAUUGAUACUUCGCAAUUAUAAUAGAUUUAUUAUAUCAUGUACAACGAAUAAUAAUGAAGUAAUAAUAAUAAUAAAUCACUUCUAAUAUUA